UGAUUCAGUGGUGAACUGCACAUGCCAAUCGACCCUUGGUUUGUUCUUAUUUUGGGGGGGAACGCCACGACAAAAUCCUCCUCCUUCUUUUGAGAAAAUUACUGAAAUUCUGCGGUACAUUUCAGAGUUUAGAUUUCUGUCUUCGUCCCCUAUUAUUCAAGGAUAUAAUAUUUCCUGGAGGGCACUGAACAGAAGUUUUAGGUCUCGCCAUGGCUCAAACCAGCAACAAUGGUGCUGGAGGAGUUGAUAACACUUUUAGAAGGAAAUUUGAUCGCGAAGAGUACUUGGAAAGAGCUCGGGAGCGCGAAAAACAGGAGGCUGAAGGGAAAACUAAAUCCAAAUCAAAAGGUCCUCCAGUCCAAAGAAAGCCAUUGAAGCAUAGAGAUUAUGAAGUAGACCUUGAAUCCCGCUUGGGAAAAACUCAAGUUGUUACUCCUAUUGCCCCUCUCAGCCAACAGGCUGGAUAUUACUGUUCAGUUUGUGAAUGUGUGGUAAAGGAUUCUGCAAACUACCUGGAUCAUAUCAAUGGAAAGAAACAUCAAAGAGCUUUAGGUAUGUCCAUGCGGGUAGAACGUGCUUCACUUCAACAGGUCCAAGAGCGAUUUGAAGUCCUGAAGAAGAGGAGAGUCCCUGGGACCUUCUCAGAGCAAGAUCUUGAUGAGCGGAUUCUAAAGCAGCAGCAGGAAGAGGAGGAGCGGAAGCGCCAACGUAGAGAAAAGAAAAAAGAGAAGAAGAAAGAGAAAGCAGUAGAAGAGGAGCCUGAAAGGGAUCCUGAUGUUGCAGCUAUGAUGGGAUUUGGGGGUUUUGGUUCAUCCAAAAAGUAGUUUAUUGGGAGUUGUUGCUAAUUCAAUCUUCUAGUAUUUUUGUAUUUUGUUCCUUCCAUUUUGAUGGACUGAAUGUUCUAUAGGUUUAAGUCAAAUUCUAGGAUGAAGAUUUGUACAAAUAUUAUAUUUUCAAAGGAUAUUUGCGGCAUACAAAUACCUUUAGGCUUGA